AUGAGGGCGGCUCUCUGGGCCUUGGGAGUCGGGCCCCUUCUCCUCACACUCUGGGGAGUCCCCAUCGGCGGGCCGGGCGCCCUGAGGCUGGCGAACAGACACAGCCCGUGCGACGGGGUGGUGCUGGUGUGGCACGGGGACCGGUGGGGACGCGUGUGCAACCGGGAGUGGACGCUGGCGGAGGCGUCCGUGGUCUGCAGGCAGCUGGGCUGCGGCCAUGCGGUGGGCGCCCCCAAGUACGUGCCGCUGCCCGGAGAGGAGGUGUCGGCCGUGCUGCACAACGUGUCCUGCAGGGGCAGCGAGUCCUCGCUCUGGGAGUGCCACCUCGGGGCGUGGACUCAGAGCCCGUGUCCCUACGAGUGGGCCGUGAUCGCACUGUGCUCCAACGGCACUUUCCGGGAGAUCCGGCUGGUGAAGGGCCGGAGCCCCUGCGCCGGCCUCCCCGAGAUCCGGAACGUGAACGGUGUGGACCGGCUCUGCGGGCUCCAGGAGCAGGAGGCCACAGUGUUCUGCCGGGAGCUGGGGUGUGGCCCUGUGCUCCAGGCCGCGCGCCAAGACUCCGGCGGCAGGAAGUACAUGACGUGCAAGGGCACCGAGCAGACCAUCCGAAACUGCAUACUCAACAACAGGCUCCGCAGCGGCUGUGACUUCCAGCUCGACAAGGAGGUGGUGUGCUCAGGACACACCGAGGCCCGGCUGGUGGGCGGCGAGCACCGCUGUGCGGGGCGUCUGGAGGUGCGGCGCGGGCUGACCUGGGGCACCGUCUGCGACGACAACGUGGACCGGGCCGCGGCCCAGGUGGCGUGUCGGGAGCUGCAGUGCGGCUCCGCGGUGUCCACGCCCCGGGGCGCACGCUUUGGCCGGGGCUCUGGGCCCGUGUGGACGGAGGCCUUCCGCUGCGUGGGCAACGAGUCCCUGCUCUUCCACUGCCCUCGCGGGCCCGGGCGCCAGUGCGGGCACGGCCAGGACGCGGGGCUCCGGUGCUCGGAGUUCCGGCUGGUCAACGGCAGCAACGGCUGCGAGGGGCGCGUGGAGCUGCAGGUCCAGGCGGCCUGGGCGCCCCUCUGUGCUACCCACUGGGACUUGGCCGACGCCGCCGUCCUCUGCCACCAGCUCAGCUGCGGCAGUGCGGUGGCCACACCUGGAGGAGGACAUUUUGGGCCCGGGGACGCGCCCCCCUGGCCCGACAGGUUCCACUGUGUGGGGACAGAGCCCUAUUUGUGGAAUUGCCCGGCGAGCACCCUGGGGGCCCCCGCCUGCGCCCCGGGAAAUUCGGCCGCCGUGGUCUGCUCAGGUCUCCUCCAUGCCCUGCGGCUGAGGGACGGCCAGAGCCGCUGCGACGGCCGCGUGGAGGUGUCCCUGGACGGCGUGUGGGGCCGUGUCCUGGAUGACGCGUGGGACCUGCCCGGCGCGGGCGUCGUGUGCCGGCAGCUGGGGUGCGGGGAGGCCGAGCGAGCCUACGACGCGCCUGCGCCCGGCCGCGGGGACAGCAGGGUGGGGCUGAGCCGCGUGCGCUGCCUGGGCACCGAGACCCGCCUGACCCAGUGCAACGUGUCCGUGUCCCCGCUGGUGUCUGCGGGGGCCUCGCGGGACGUGGGCGUCGUGUGCUCCGGGAGCCGCCGGGUGAGGCUGGCCGCGGGGCCGGGCCGCUGUGCGGGGCGCGUGGAGGUGCUGCACGGGGGCGCGUGGGGCACCGUGUGUGACGACGGCUGGGACCUGCGGGACGCGCACGUGGUCUGCCGGCAGCUGGGCUGUGGCCACGCCCUCAGCGCCCCGGGCGCCGCCCACUUCGGAGCCGGGGCGGGGCCCAUCUGGGCGGACGAGCUGGGCUGCGGGGGCCUGGAGGCCGCGCUGUGGCAGUGCCCGUCGCUGCAGAGCUGGGGCCGCCACGACUGCGGACACAAGGAGGACGCCGGCGUCUUCUGCUCAGACGCCGUGGCCCUGAGGCUGCGAGGCGGCCCCCGGCGCUGCGCUGGGUGGCUGGACGUGCUCUACAAUGGCUCGUGGGGCGCCGUGUGCAGUAACGGCCUGAAGGACACCACGCUGUCGGUCAUCUGCCAGCAGCUGGGCUGCGGAGAGCAGGGCUGGCUGGAGAGCAGGGCCGUCCACGCCGACCUGGGCGUCUCCUGGGUGGACAACGUCGAGUGCCGCAGGCUGCAGAGCUCGACGCUGUGGCAGUGCCCUUCCGCCCCGUGGGACCCGCGCUCCUGCGCCCGCGGAGAGGAGGCCUGGGUCGCCUGUUCAGGAUCGUCAGAGAACACGACACAGGGCCCUGGGGAGACCCUCAGCUGCCCGUCCGCGGACAGCUGCCCAGAGGAGGGCGCCGUGCGCGUGCGCGGGGGCGAGGACCGCUGCUCCGGCCGCGUGGAACUCUGGCUCGCCGGGUCCUGGGGCACCGUCUGCGACGACUCCUGGGACCUGGCGGACGCGGAGGUCGUGUGCCGCCAGCUGGGCUGCGGUGGGGCCAUCAGCGCCCCGGCAGGGGCCGCCUUCGGCCCCGGCUCAGGGCCGGUGUGGCUGGACGAGGUGGGGUGCCGGGGCAGCGAGGCGUCCCUGCGGGACUGCCCGGCUGAGCCCUGGGGACGCACGGACUGCGGGCACAAGGAAGACGCCGGCGUGCGCUGCUCCCGUGAGUGGCCGCAGGUGACGGCGGGGCUGUGGCCCUGCCUCCAGCAUCGGGCUCAGGGGUGCAGGCUCCAGGUCACAAUUCCCCUGCGGCAGCUCCGGCACCAGGGAGGACCCGCCUCUCACUGUCCCCCAGGCCCUCCCCCGGCCCCGCUGCCUGCCCUCGGGGCCUGGACCCUGCCCAUGACCUUCUGCCUCAUCCUGGGCGCCCUCCUGGGCAUCGCCUCCCUGCUGCUGGGUGUGCGGUGGGGCCGCAGAGGAGCCUGCAGGGGUUCUGGAAUGUUGGAGAACCUGCCCUCGGAAGGCGUGUAUGAGGACAUCGGAGCUGUCCCCACGGGGGAGAAGGCCGAUGUGCUCGGGGACCUGGCGCUGGAGGAGGACUAUGACGAUGCCUGGGAGCCGGAGCUUGGCUCCGAGGGGCAGGAGGACGCGGCGGAGGCGGCGGAGGCGGCGGGUGCGCCCCUGAGCGCGGCGCUGUCCUCCGCCCUCGCCCUGCUGUACUGCUCCUACGUCCGCGGCCCCGCCCUGGGCAGCGCCUACAUUUAA